ACUUCCAGCCGGGUCCUUUUUAGUUGAAGAAAUUCCCAAACUUUGAUGUCUUCUUACACUAAAAGUGUGUGUGGUCGUAAUUGUGGGCUUCACAGUUGCACAUCGGCAAAGUUAUGCGCGGAACAAUCAGCUAGCUUGGCUAGCUAAUGCUGGGCUGUUGCAGCUAGCCGCUGGGGCUAACUGAGUAACUACUGCCGCUGGACCGCUAACCAUGCUACUGCAGCGGGAUGUUUAUCAUCGGCCAAACCCGGUGCCCACAUUCUGCUGCAGAGGAGAGAGCACCAGGAUGAGGAGGCUGUAGGCACCCGCGGUAGUAUGGCCGCAUCCCGAUCCUCACGUGUCACAAGGUCAUCAGUGGGACACAAUGGAUUGGAUGAGAACUUUUGUGGUCGAACUCUCAGAAACCGUAGCAUUGCCCAGCCAGAGGAGAGCUCGGUGCCUUCUCUACCUAGGGCACGCUCGCCCAAAAAGAAGCAGGAGUCCAGGCAGGAGAGCAAACAGGAGUCGAGAGAUGAUAUCAAGCAGGAGCCAAGACAGGAUGGUAAACAGCAGUCAAGGCAGGAGUCAAGAGACAACAGUAGGCAAGGGCCAAAACAAGAGUCCAAACAGGACAAGAAGAUGGAGUCAAAACAGGAGUCGAGGGACGUCUGCAAGCAGGAGUCGAGGGACGUCUGCAAGCAGGAGUCGCGGGACGUAUGUAAGGAGUCUGAGCAGAUGUCGGGUCAUUCAGCAAAUCAGAAGUUGGAGCAGGAGUCAAAGGACAAUUGCAGGCAAAAGUCAGAAGACAAAUGCUUUCACGAGUCAGAGCCAAGGCCAGACAGCAAACAAAGUGUUAGACAAGAUUCAAAUCGGGAUGUUAAACUGGACAAAAAGAAGGAUGAGAAACGGGAUACUCACUUGCAAGAUCGUCAGCAACAGGGCACUUUGAAAGGUCUGCGAAAUGACUUCAGUUUUUUGCAACCUGAGACCGAUCAGUGGACCAGCUCCAGCAAACGAGGUUUUUGUUGUUUAGAAAAAAACAUUAACACAGAGAAGUCUGAGAACUGUGACACUGAAAAAGUGCAGCGGGAUACCUCUCCUCAAAUUAAAAAGGCCAUGCGGUUCUCUCCUUCUGAAGAGCCUCAGGGACAGGAAGAGGCCCAAAACCUCUUUGAACUUGAAAGCCCAGUCUCUGUCCCAGAGACCAGUAAGGACAGUAUGUGUGAAGAAUUACCCAGAGAACACUCUGGCAACACAACACCUGCCUCUCCUCUCCUCAGCACACUGGAAGGUGAGAUGAGGGCAGGGGAUGCCCGUGCGGAGUUUGAAGGGGCAGUUUUGCUCCCAAAUCCUCACGAAACAUCCAAUGGACUCAAAGACUUGGGUAAAGCAGAGGAGUCUAGCGAACUGUCUGAACAGGCAAAUACAAGACCCGCAUCGACCACAAACUUUCCGUUGCUGCUCAAUGGCAGUCAGACAGAGGCACCUUUGUCCUCUGAACCUUCUGUGCCUUUUACAAACUCUGUCUCUGGGCAGAUGGAGGUCUCUGACUUGAGGGACUCUCCGGCCCCAUCUGCACUAACAUGUGAGGUUGCUCCAGAGGAGCCUGUUCCUGAGUUGAUAGUAGCCAAAGAGCAGGAGGUGGAGGAGAUGGAGGUUGAUAUAGUAGGUGACCCACUGUGUCUGGCUCACGAGGAGCAGGUGACGGAAAGUGAAAGUGAUGCUAAUGGCCAACCACCAUUGCUAGUCCAGGAAGCUGCUGCCUCAACCUCCUCUACCACGAACUGUACAUCAAUCAACAUCAACAACUCAGGAGAAACUACACCCCCUCUAACCCCCCCAUCCCCCACAGAGCCAGAGGGUAACCCCUCAAUAUCUUCUAGCACGUCCCCUUCUUUCACAGAGCUGUAUGAACACCGAUACACCCUUCGGACUUCACCUGGUAGAACUGAGCCUGGUGAGAAGUUGUCCUCUAAUAAACUUAGCUCUCCUACAGACAAUGGUCCUUUGGAGGCAGAAGGAGAGGUAGAGGAGGGCUAUCCACCACUGGAAGAUCCCCUUUGUUCAGACUCAUUUGGCCCCUCCAGUGAGGAGCAGGUCUCUGCAAAUCCUGGAGGAGGGACAUGUGAUGAAGGCAGCGGUUUUCUGGGGGCUAGACAAUGCAAGAGCACCAAGGAGCUGACACAAAGCCAAGCUGCAGAAGAGGAAGAGGAGGAGCCAGAUGUAUAUUACUUUGAGUCGGACCAUGUGGCUCUUAAACACAACAAAGAUUAUCAAAGACUGCUGCAGACCAUUGGCGUUCUUGAGGCCCAGCGCACGCAGGCCAUCCGUGACCUGGAGACACUGGCACAUCAGCAGAGUGAGGCUCUCGUCGACCCUAUUAGCUUUGUGGAGAAGCUGCAGAAACAGGUGAAUCUGGAUCUGCCGUGUCCUCAGCGCGUCGUUCAGCUCCCUGAAAUCGCGUGGGAGCAGCACACGUCUGGCCUUGGUGAUUUUGAGAGGGAAUUCUGCGACAAGAAGCGUAAAACGAGGCAGCUUAAGUUGAUCUUUGACAAAGGUUUGCCACUUCGACCAAAAAGCCCCAUUGAGCCCAAGAAGGAAGGCGAAUGCUCCACGGCGUACUCCUCUCUGCCCACCAGUGAUGCCCCGGAGAACGGCCUGCAGACGCAGAUGAUCAGGGGGAGGAUUUGUCACCCGAAUAAACCUGACACUUUUAACCAGCUGUGGACCGUGGAGGAACAGAAAAAACUGGAGCAGCUUCUCAUCAAGUUUCCACCAGAAGAAAUUGAAUCCAGAAGAUGGCAGAAGAUUGCUGAUGAGCUCGGCAAUCGCACCGCUAAACAGGUGGCCAGUCGAGUUCAAAAAUACUUCAUCAAACUGACCAAAGCUGGCAUCCCUGUGCCUGGAAGAACACCCAACCUGUGCAUGUACACUAAAAAGACAUCCAGUAAGAGACAGCACCACCUUAACAAGCAUCUGUACCGACCAUCCACCUUCCUGACCUCCUACGAGCCUCCGGUCUUCAUGGAUGAAGAUGAUGAGCGCUCCAUGUUUUACAGCAGUGUUCAGGAUCCUUCUGGUGAUGAAUCGGAUGAUGACACCGUUCCUAUGGAAUUGAGGAACUUACCGGAAUACAAGGAGCUUUUGGAGCUGAAGAGGCUGAAAAAACAGAAGCUCCAUGAGAUCCAGGAGGACAAGGCUGUGGUGCAGCACAUUGGCUUCAAGUGCGACGUGUGUGGGAUGGAGCCCAUCCAGGGAACGCGGUGGCACUGUCAGAGCUGUCCGCCCGAGAACUCUGUCGAUUUCUGCUCCAACUGUACCGACUGCUUCUUCAAGACGGAAACCCACAAGCCCAAUCACCACCUGGAGCCGGUGCACCAGCCAGAAACCUUUCUGGACAGGGACUACUGUCUGCCACAGACCACGGGCUACAACUACCUGGACCCAAACUAUUUCCCCGCCAAUAGAUGACAGGGCCACGGGGGCCUCUAGCACCAGGCUCUCCACAUAUCCACAGGCCACUCUGCAUGGCAUCAUCCUCCAAGUCCAAGAAACCGCUUUCAUCUGCCAGCAGACAGCUGCAGCCCUCAGAGCAGACCUCAGUGCUGCUGGUGGGAGGGGGCGGAUGCUGGGAACUGACCUCCUGACUUGGGCAAAGAGCGGCCAUGUUGGUUUCCCACAAAGAGGGGGGACCCUGCUUCCCCGUAGCCAGGUUUUUCAACGGAUGUGUGAGUUGAAACGAAACACUAUUUUUAAAAAACCAAGACAGCAGAAGGCACUCAACAUUCCUGAGAUGUGGGACCCCAGAGGACGCUUUCCCCCCCUCCUCCUCCAGUCGCCUCCCCGUGCUGCUCGGAAGUAGAGUCUGAAGCGCCAUCUCAUGCAGACGUGGCUGACCAGUGCGUCAAGGACUCCGGUGACUGUCGAGUCAUCGGCUGAAAUCCAUGAUGGUGACCUGCGUGUUCUCCGUGUUAUGGAUGAGUGAACAUGUUUUAGCUAGGCGUCCAUAGAUCUAGUAUUUAUGAUUCUGGGGGGACUGUGGUGGGAGUUCUGCUGACCUGGAUGCGAUUUUGUUCCAUGUGUCGGCAUGGACCCCCCCCCCCCCCCCCCCCACACACACACCA